UCAACAACACACAACCUCGGUGUAAUUUUUUUGUUGUUUUUUUUUUUUUUUUUGAAAUUCCAUUUUCACCUCGUUGCUGUCUUGCCAUUCUCAAUUCUCUUGAAAUAUGUCAAGCCUCGCGUUUUCCCCGCCUCAAAGUUUCCCCUGACGUUUAAAAUACCACCGACAAAUUGAUGAGCGGAGAUUUUCACAUCGUUGAAGCGGAUAUUUCUUCCCUUUGAUAGCGGUUAGCAGCUUGCUACAAUGGAGAACAAAACUGGCAAUAAUUUUAUCAGCUAUGUCGGUUUCGAACAACAUGAGAUGCAGCUGCUCGGUACAAGCCAUCGGAAUUCUCUGUCUGAAAAUAGCAUGAAGCUACUCGGCGGUGAAGUUCUCAUUACAAAGGCACAAAAUGUAUUGAUGUUUGCUCCUGUCGGCGAUCUGACCCAAGGAAUUUCCGGAAUAUUGUCGGUAACAAAUUUCAAGCUCAGUUUCGUCACCACUGACGAUACCAAUAGCGAGGACAUAACUUAUCAGCAAAAUAAUCUAUACGGAUAUACAGACACAUGUUUGUCAAAUAUACACGACAUUUAUAUAAUCGUAGGCAACAAAAAGAGACGGCUCUAUACCGGAAGUACGAUACCCUCCAAAGUAGAAGGAAUCUUCAUCGUCUGCAAGAAUAUGAGGACGUGGUCAUUUUCAUUUAAGUUUUCACCAGUCGGUUGUGGUAAAAAUUUACUGACCACUCUACUGCAUCACGCUUUCCCUAGUAGGCAUCAACUUCUGUUUGCAUAUGAUUACAAAGAGCCUUACUAUAAUAGCAUGGAGAGAGGGGUUCAUUUAUUUCGAGAUCGUGCUGAUUGGGAAAGCGAACUGCAACGUACUACUCGAAUCAGGGGAAAUACGAACAAGGCAUGGAGAGUGUCUACGGCAAACGUAGAAUUUGAAUUUUCUCUUAGUUUAUCGCAAUAUAUUAUAGUACCAGCGUCUGUCACGGAUAGUCAGCUAACCAGAGCAGCUGGACACUUUCAAGGUAGUCGCCCACCCGUUUGGUCGUGGUCAAGUGAACGUGGCGCUGCAUUGGUCAGAAUGUCCGAACUGUUGCCGACCAUUACAGAGCGAACUCAGGAGAAUAUUAUGCUCGAAAACAUUCGAAAAAGCCAUCCCCAAAAGCUUGAACCAAUAGUUAUUGAAUUGAAGAAAGAUGUAACUGUCAAAUCGCUUGCUGCUGGAUAUGCGAAAUUUGUCAGUCUCUGUUCACCAGAAAACAUUCGGCAAUUUUGGAUUCAGGAUAAUAAUUUUUACUCGUUACUUGAAGGCACCAAGUGGUUAAGAUCAGUUUCGUACUGCCUCGAGAAAUCUGUCGAAGCCAGUGACUCUUUAAACGGGGGUACCUCAGUAAUUUUGCAAGAAGGGGAAAGCAGAGAUCUAUGUUGUGUUAUAUCGAGUUUAGUCCAAUUAUUACUCGAUCCUUAUUAUCGAACUAUAACAGGGUUUGAGUCCCUUCUUCAAAAAGAAUGGGUUGCCGCUGGGCACCCUUUUUGUGAUCGGCUCGGCCACAUUAUGAAAUCAAGUUCAGAAAGGUCUCCGCUACUUCUCCUCUAUCUUGACUGUGUUUGGCAAAUUUGCCAGCAAUUCCCUGCUGAAUUUGAAUUUACGGAAACAUAUCUCACAACCUUAUGGGACUCGGCACACAUCUCAAUAUUUGACACAUUCAUAUUUAACUGUGAAAAAGAUCGAUACGACGCAGCUAUGGAUCCUGCUAGCCCUCUUAUUCUACGGAGUGUAUGGGAUUGGCGAGAGCAGUUCAACGAUUCGGAUAUAUUGCUAUUCUACAAUCCUCUGUACAGCAUGUCGUUAUCUUCGACAGGAAAGACUUACAUAAAGCCUGUGUUCAAUAUUCCCUGCCUAGAACUUUGGGCUCAAUGCUACUUCAGGUGGAUACCACCGCUUGAGAUACGCAACGGAGGUAGAAAUCACAUUGAACUAUACUCGCGGCUCAUACAAAACGACAUUAAUCAUUUGAAAGUGAACGCAAACGGCAGUUGCGGCUCUCCUGUUGAUAAGGUCACAACGUAUUUGGUACAGAUGAACAUAGACAGCUUUUAUCCAUUUAGCAAUAAAAAAUCUGGCAAUGUUAUCAGCACGCCUAUUAUGAACAACUCAACGCUAGCUACCGAAAGCCUGCUGGAUGUACAGUCCUUGUUGACAGCACCCGAUUAAUUUUAUAUAAAAAAUUUCUUUGUUAGAUCUUGUAUUUAGUUUACUCCUUACAAUAUUUACCAUCGCGCGCUACUUAUAUCGUAUAAUGCCUUGUUUUUCCGUGGAUCUUUCCGGUUUUUCGAGGGUCAAAUUGUGUAUAUUGAUUGAGGUCCUCGAUAGCGGCGAAAUUCAUCAAAGUAUUCAUGCGUUCAACCCAACAACUUGAAUCAUCAACGCAAACAAUUCUCGAUUUCCCAUGCUUACAAUUAGUCACAGCGAAAAUUUGAAGUUUUUUCAAUCUCACGGUAACUCUGUUUUCGCUAAGAGACAGAACAUGGCCGUAAACAAAACGGAACAUAAGCUCCGAUUUAGUUGCGCAUCAGGCAGCAUU